GUGCAACAAUUCCCAUUUCCAUCAAAUCCCUUCGCUCUGUUCAAUAAAUAUUGAUUUCUUCUCCCCUAGGGUUCACAUCGGAGGCGCUGAGCAAUUUAAUUCUUCACCACCGGCGCCGAAUUCAGCGAUUCCGGUAUUUGCAUUCCUAAUUUUGAGCCCUAAUUUUACUUUUACUGCGAAAUCGAGUAAGUUUUUCCAUUAUUUCUACCGAUAAUUUGAAAAUCCAGCUGAGCGGUUAUUUGCAGUGUAGUCCUAUUUUAGCUUUUACUGCAAAACCGAGCAAGUUUUUCCAUCAUUUCAAUCAUUUCCAUCGAUAAUUUGAAGGUCCAAGUAUGAAUACUAGACGGAAAAUUCGGGCGGCGGCGGAAUUUUGCGGUUCAGGUCGAAAUAUGAAUACUGGAUCCGAAAUUCCGGCGGUUGCUUCAUCCUCGCCGCCGUGGAUCGAGUUACCUCUAGAUGUGACCGCCAAUAUACUCCAGAGGCUCGGGGCGGAGGAGAUGCUGUGCAGCGCGCAGCAAGUGUGUGCUACCUGGUGGAAUGUUUGCAAGGAUCCUUCCUUGUGGCGAGUCAUCGAUUUCUCCAGCACUAAGCAGAUCGAUUGUGCCGCCAAGUACACCGCCAUGUGCCGCCGUGCUGUUGACCGCAGCCGAGGGCAGCUGACCGACUUCACCAUUCAAUACUUUGGUGACGACAAACUCAUGGAAUACAUCGCUGAUCGAUCACCAAAUCUCAAACGCCUUAAACUCGGAACUUGCUUUUUCAUAUCAGGACCAUGUGCAGCUAGAAUGGUUGCAAAGCUUGGACAGUUGGAAGAGUUGCACCUUACGAUUAGACCAAGGUUUGGUGCGAUUGAACCAGGGGUUAUGUCUGCCGACAUUCGGGAUAUUGGCAAUGCAUGCCCGACGUUGAAAUCAUUCUCACUGAACGGAUUUAAGUACCUUCUGAUAGAGGAUACUGACGAAUACGAAGAUGAUGAUCGUCCUUUUAUUGAAUCAAUUCAUCGGAAUCUGUAUGCUCUCGCAAUCAGCAAAAGCAUGCCCAACUUGCAGCAUCUUCAAGUUUAUGGACACUGGAUGGGAAAUAGAGGACUUGAAGUCAUCCUUAAAGGCUGUCCACGCCUCGAGUCACUUGACAUCCGGCGAUGUUUUGAUCUCGAUCUUGAAGGGGAUUUGGGGAAAAGAUGCCGUCAACAAAUUAAACAUCUUAAACUCCCUCAAGACUCGACUAGUGAUGUCCCAUGGCCGAGUUGCCUAGGCGGCGAUCCAUUUACCUCUCCUCCAUUCUCCACCUAUAAUCCUGACGCAUACUGGUAUUAUGAAGAUUUGGAUGAUUAUAUUCGACGUCACGGCUACAGCGACGUAGUCUCUGGCUUAGUCUAGGCGUGGUAGAUGGUUUAUCAUUUUGGUUUAGCUACUUUUGUACUAACACAUCUUUAUGUCUAUUAUUAGUGCUUCAUGUCUUUAUUUAGUCGACUCUUUGCAGAGAUUAAUGUGAAUUGAUAACGUAGAAAAAUGUAGAAAAUAUUAGUAUUAAUGAAGAAUGCGAUUUACUUUC